UUUCGAACGCACUUAUUAAUAGCAUGCGUUAUUAUUCCUUCCAAGUUCAAUGUACACAAACGUGUUCCUAUAUCGAUCAAAGUGUUUCUUACUUUAUUUAUUUUCUUAUUAUAUGAAACGAAGAUACACCAUCGCUCAAAAUCAGUUUCGUAGCCAUGAAUUGUCCACAGCUUGUUAACAAAUAUAGUAUACCAAAAAUUAUUUGGUAUCAAACAGAUCUCACAGUCACCAUUCGUAUUCAAUUAAUUGAUGUAUCUAAUUAUUAUCUUCGAGUCGAGGAUAAUCAUUUGCUUUUCAGUACAAAAACUAAUGAUAAAAAAUACUAUCUUGUCCUCUAUUUGUUUGGAGCAGUAAUAUCAGAAAAAACAGUACACAAAAAUGUUGGAAGGGAAAUUAAAAUCUACCUUACAAAAGCACUGAAAUGGUUUCCAUGGUUGAGAUUGAUUCUUUCCAAAGAAAGGAAUCAAUAUAUAUCAUAUGAUAAAGAUAAUAUAGAUGAAGAAAAUAUUCAAAAAAAGAAAAUCAAUUUUGGAGUAAGAAAGUAUGACCAACAAAAUAUAAUGCCUGUUGUGCCGUCUAGCGAGGAAGAAGAAUCUGAGGAUGAAUCAUUAGAUUUUUCUCGAUAUGCUUAAUAAGCAUUUUGAAUCUUUUUGUGCCAUAUUAGCAGUAUAAAGAAAAUAAAAUAUUUAAUAAUCACUUUUUAUAAUUAA